UAAAGUUAAAUCAAAAAAUAUCAAUCAGUCUGCUGCAUCCACCAAAAUGUUCAAAUUUAUUGCAAUUUUCGCCAUCUUCGCAGUCUUCUCUGCAUCCGCUGCUCCAAAGGCAAAACCCUUGUUGGUGGCGCAAUCUCUAGCUGCACCCUAUGUGGCUUCCCCAUACCUCGCAUCUCCAUAUCUCGCUUCCCCCUACCUGGCGUCGCCCUACGCGUCGCCCUAUGUAGCGUCGCCCUACGUAGCUUCACCGUUGUUGUCUGCUCCAUAUGUUGCUGCUCUUUAAGGAUUUAAGUACUGGAAUUUGAACUAUGCACUAUCGACUUUGCGAUUCUAUGAAUGCUGGAUGAAAAUUUUGUACAAUAAAGAUGUUUUGAUUUA